GGUGUUUAGCUCCAUGAUUUCAGUCUGUUUUCUUAAUCUAUUAUUCUGUUCCAGCUACUGGAGAACAACAUUGUCACUUUUGUGAAGAACGAGCUGAAGAAGAUCCAGAAAGUUUUGAAUCCAGAUUACCCAGAAUGUUCAGAGAGUCAGAGAGAAGAUGAUGAGGUGUUGAUGGGUGAGAAUGAAGAGCAGAGGAGGAGCAGCAGAGAGGCAGUGCUGAAGAUCACACUGAACUUCCUGAGGAGGAUGAAGCAGGAGGACCUGGCUGACCAUCUGCAGAAAAUUUUUCUUGGAGCUUGUCAACAUCAACUUAAAUCUGGUCUCAAGAAGAAGUUCCAGUCUGUGUUUGAGGGGAUUUCUAAAGCAGGAAGUCCAACCCUUCUGAACCAGAUCUACACAGAGCUCUACAUCACAGAGGGAGGGACUGGAGAGGUCAAUGAUGAACAUGAGGUCAGACAGAUUGAAACAGCAUCCAGGAAACCACACAGACCAGAAACAACAAUCAGACAAGAAGACAUCUUUAAAGUCCCACCUGGAAGAGAUCAACCAAUCAGAACAGUGAUGACAAAGGGAGUGGCUGGCAUUGGGAAAACUGUCUUAACACAGAAGUUCACUCUGGACUGGGCUGAAGACAAAGCCCACCAGAACAUCCAGUUCAUAUUUCCAUUCACGUUCAGAGAGCUGAAUGUGCUGAAAGAGAAAAAGUUCAGCUUGGUGGAACUUGUUCAUCAUUUCUUUAGUGAAACCAAAGAAAUCUGGAGCUUUGAACACUUCCAGGUUCUGUUCAUCUUUGAUGGUCUGGAUGAGAGUCGACUUCCUCUGGACUUCCACAACAAGGAGAUCCUGACUGAUGCUACAGAGUCCACCUCAGUGGAUGUUCUGCUGACAAACCUCAUCAGGGGGAAACUGCUUCCCUCUGCUCUCCUCUGGAUAACCACACGACCUGCAGCAGCCAAUCAGAUCCCUCCUCAUUGUAUGGACAUGGUGACAGAGGUCAGAGGGUUCAAUGACCCCCAGAAGGAGGAGUACUUCAGGAAGAGAUUCAGAGAUGAGGAGCAGGCCACCAGGAUCAUCUCCCACAUGAAGACAUCACGAAACCUCCACAUCAUGUGCCACAUCCCAGUGUUCUGCUGGAUCACUGCUACAGUUCUGGAGGAUGAGUUGAAGACCAGAGAGGGAGGAGAACUGCCCAGCACCCUGACUGAGAUGUAUAUCCACUUCCUGGUGGUUCAGACCAAAGUGAAGAAGGUCAAGUAUGAUGGAGGAGCUGAAACAGAUCCACACUGGAGUCCAGAGAGCAGGAAGAUGAUUGAGUCUCUGGGAAAACUGGCUUUUGAUCAGCUGCAGAAAGGAAACUUGAUCUUCUAUGAAUCAGACCUGACAGAGUGUGGCAUCGAUAUCAGAGCAGCUUCAGUGUACUCAGGAGUGUUCACACAGAUCUUUAGGGAGGAGAGAGGGCUGUACCAGGACAAGGUGUUCUGCUUCAUCCAUCUGAGUGUUCAGGAGUUUCUGGCUGCUCUUCAUGUUCAUCUGACCUUUAUCAACUCUGGUUCUUAUGUGAUGAAAGAAACGCAAAGAUCGGAGAAGUCUCCAUUACUUAAUAAAUCUGACCUUAAAUCUCUCCAUCAGAGAGCUGUCGACCAGGCCUUACAGAGUCCAAAUGGACACCUGGACUUGUUCCUUCGCUUCCUCCUGGGACUUUCACUGCAGACCAAUGAGAGACUCCUAUAAGGUCUGGUGAAACAGACAGGAAGUAGCUCACAGACAAAUCAGGAAACAGUACAGUAUAUUAAGGAGAAAAUCAGUGAGAAUCUGUCUGCAGAGAAAAGCAUCAAUCUGUUCCACUGUCUGAAUGAACUGAAUGAUCGCUCUCUAGUGGAGGAGAUCCAACAGUCUCUGAGUUCAGGAAGGCUCUCCACAGAUAAAAUGUCUCCUGCUCAGUGGUCAGCUCUGGGUUUCAUCUUAGUGUCAUCAGGAAAAGAUCUGGAUGUGUUUGACCUGAAGAAAUACUCUGCUUCAGAGGAGGUUCUUCUGAGGCUGCUGCCUGUGGUUAAAGCCUC